UUUAUCAGACUGCAGCAGCAUUUCAUGCCAUUGUGCAGUUGACCGUCUGACCGUGAAGACGAUGGAUCGUUGGGUCGACAAAGUUGCCAUUGUGACCGGUGCCAGUUCUGGUAUUGGGGCAGACAUAGCCAAGGCGUUGGUCAAGAAAGGGUUAAAGGUUGUGGGUUUGGCCAGGAGGAAAGAAAGAAUCGACGAGCUGGCCCAGCAAUUGAAGGGGGAGCCGGGCAAGCUGUACCCUUUUAAGUGCGACUUGAGGAACGAAAAAGAGAUCCUCGACGCCUUCAAAUGGACGACCGAAAACCUAGGUCCGGUCCACGUCCUCAUCAACAACGCCGGAUUGUUCCAGAAGACCAACCUCAUCGACGGGGACACGGAGAAGUGGAAGAAAAUCUUCGACGUCAACGUCAUGGCUUUGAACAUCGCCACUCGCGAAGCUGUCAGGAUAAUGAGGGCCAACGACAUUGCCGGUCACAUAAUCCACAUUAACAGUCUGGGAGGUCAUCGUGUCAUUUACUUUCCGGACCUGAACGUGUACAGUGCCUCCAAAUUUGCCGUUACAGCCCUCACCGAGACCUUGAGGAGGGAGUUGCAGGCUAACAAACUUAAAAUUAAGGUUACGAGCGUCAGCCCGGGUGCUGUGGCCACUGAGCUGACCGACAACGCGGAGUUCAAGUUUACCGACGAUGUUGCCAAGCAGUUUGCUUCCUUGAAGCUUUUGGAGUCGGAAGAUGUGACACAAGCUGUUGUUUAUGCCUUGUCUACCAAGCCACAUGUGCAGGUACAUGAGGUUACACUGCUGCCAAUGGAUGAACCCUUUUAAAUGUCCACAGGACUUUGAAUUUCAAUAAAAA